AUCGUAUAUAUUUUUGUAUCUUUAUUUUUAAAAAAUUAAUGUUAUACAUAUAUAUUUUCAUAUACAACAUAUGACAUUGCUCGGUAAUUCGAUAACAUGACGUCUAAAAAACGAAAACUGCCAGAAUCUUUUCAUGUGACGGAGCCUAAUAAAUUUUUACUUGGAUGUAAAAUCUAUAUUUUAAAGGCAAGCAUUGAAAAAAUGAGGCUACAAAUAUUUACUUCACAGCUUCAAAAAUAUGGUGGCAUUCAGCAUGAACAAUUAGAAUCUGAUACAACUCAUUUGGUUGUUGAUGACAAAAUGGAAGCUGAGAGAAUGUGUAGAAUACUCAAAGUAGACAAACCACCAGAAAAUAUCGAAAUAUUGAAAACAAGUUGGUUAAGUUCGUGCUUUAAGUCAAAGGACAUGGUCCCAACCAAGGGGUUUGAGUUGGACUUGUCAGUUUUUGCAAAGAAAGAUUUAAUGGAGGAUGAAGACACUAAAAUGAUCAAAGAUGGCGAUUCUAGUGGAAGCAAAUCUAAUACUGAGGGUGAAAUAAAACCAGCGAAGGUUGGUGUUAUGUUCCGUGCCUACAAGAAGACAAAAAUGGAUCCUGAAGGUUACAAUGAUGACCCUGACAGUGAUUACAUGGCAAGUGAUCACGAAGAGGAAGGCAAUGUUUCUGCAAUGGGGAGUGAUACAACUCCACAGACUUCACCAUGUAAAACUAUACAGACUUCAAGUUGGGUUUGUGCACAGUCUUCCAAAAAUACACUUCCGAACUCCAACAAGCAUAUUACAGACAAAUUGGAGGAAAUGGUGAAGACGUACGAAAGCACUAGUGACAAAUGGAGAGCUUAUGGCUAUCAGAAAGCAAUCCAAGCACUACGGAGACUACCAAGGCCUAUUUCUUCUUGGCAGGAAGCUAAAGAUCUUCCUGGUGUUGGAACUCGUCUGGCUGACAAGAUUUGGGAAAUUGCUGAAAGUGGGGAACUACGAAAACUAAAUGAAUUUAGAUCAAGUGAUGAAGUCAAAGUGAUGGAAAUGUUUGGAAAUGUUUGGGGUGCAGGUGCCCACACGAGUCGAACUUGGUAUCAACAGGGUUUCCGAACGCUUGAUGACCUCCGAACUAAAGCAAACCUAACACAUCAACAGAAGAUUGGUUUGAAGCACUAUGACGACAUCCUUGAGAGGAUGCCACGAGUAGAAGCUGGGGAGAUUGAAGCUGUUGUACGAACAGCUGCAGAAUCUCUGCUGCCAGGAGUGAUAGCACAGGCAUGUGGGUCAUACAGACGAAAGAAGACCACAUGUGGGGACGUGGAUGUGCUUGUCACACAUCCUGAUGGCAAAUCUCAUCGUGGAAUUUUCGGUAAACUGCUCACUAAACUCCGAGAUCAAGGUUUUCUCACAGAUGAUCUUGUGACAUCUGAGGAUGACGGAAAUCAAAAGAAGUACCUAGGAGUAUGUAAACUGCCAGGGGAGAAUAGACGGCAUCGACGACUUGACAUCAUUGUUGUUCCCUACGACGAAUAUGCAUGCGCUUUGGUAUAUUUCACUGGAUCUGCCCAUUUCAACCGUUCAUUGCGACAUCUAGCAAAGAAGAAAGGAAUGUCUUUGUCGGAACAUUCUCUUAACGUUGGAGUGGUUAGGAAUGGAUCGGAAAAAGUAUUCGAGGGUACACCAGUGCCAACUCCUACAGAGGAAUCUGUUCUAGAGAAACUUGGAGUACCAUAUAGGCCCCCAGAGGAAAGAGAUCACUAAAAUAACUUAUUUAGAUAAACCGUUGCAACGCUUUUACAAAUAUCUAAUAACGAGCAAAGAGACACCUGGUCAUAUUACACAAUUUUUACCUAUCCCAUGUGCAAAGUUAGCAGUUUAUUCUGGUCUUGAAAAUAUUUUUAUUUUAUAGCAAAAGCUAUUGAAAAGCUGGAUUACACGAAGCUGUCGACCUCCUUACAGGUAUACUAGGUGUCAGAAUGCUGACAAAUGGGGUUUUAGCUAGUAACACCAUGCGGAUUUUUACUUCAAGUUGUCAGCUAGUAAAAUCCUAAAGAAUGCAGAUUUGUGGCGUCAUUUUGUCUCACCCUGGACGCCUACAGACGCUUUUUGUUGGGUGAGAUUUCCCUGUCAUAAUCUAGGUGUUGACAGUACUUCCCCUCUUAUAAUAAUUAUACAGUAUCCUAAAACAUUUCCAUAACGUUAUGUCAACAAUGUCAGCAUUCAGUUGACAACAUCAUUACACGUGUAGAUGCUCAAAAUGGUAAUAAAAAAAUAACGAUUCACACAUUUGAGAUAGGAUUAUUGCAACCCUUGGAUCUAGUGCUUGGUAACAUCAUAUUAUUUCCUUGUGGUUGAGAUCACCAGCAACGAGAUGAAAAAAUAUUAAAUCUCCAAAUUACUUUAUAACGCCAAAUGUGGAGGUCACUGCUGUUAAUCUCGAGAGUGGUAAUUAGCCCCCAUCGUUUAAUGUUCAAUAGCAAGCACUGCGACCUAAUUCAUCCAAUAUCAUCAUUACACUAUCGCACUCGGUUAAAAGUGAAAAAGGUUCAUCCCACAUCUUCCUCAGAGGUAUGUUUUAGAUAAAAUAUUGUCUACAUUAUCUAACUCAUUGCGUCGUUACCUGAUCAGUAUGUCAAAAUGGCGUUGGCAAGGUAAUGUUGUAAUUUUAAAAAAAAUGGUGAUAUUUUAAUAUUUAUUACUUAUUGCUGUGCUUUUGAUUUAAAAUAUAUAUAUAUUUAACUAAUUGAAAUGUCACUGUAUUGAAACUUCGAAUCACGA